AGACUUCAUUACCCAUAAGCAGGUUAAUCUUUCCUGUCAAACCCAUGGCGUCACUUCCUUUAGAGUGAAACAGCAGCAAUGGCGGAAAGGGGGUACAGUUUUUCCCUAACUACAUUCAGCCCUUCAGGGAAGCUGGUUCAGAUUGAAUAUGCUUUGUCAGCUGUUGCAGCAGGAGCACCGUCAGUGGGGAUUAAAGCUGCAAACGGUGUGGUUUUGGCCACAGAGAAGAAGCAGAAGUCAAUACUGUAUGAUGAACAGAGCGUCCACAAAGUAGAGCCUAUAACCAAACACAUUGGCAUGGUGUACAGUGGAAUGGGCCCAGACUACAGGGUUUUGCUGAGGAGAGCACGAAAGCUAGCUCAGCAGUACUUCCUGGUCUACCAAGAGCCUAUUCCCACAGGCCAGCUUGUCCAGAGGGUUGCUUCAGUUAUGCAAGAGUACACACAAUCGGGUGGUGUUCGCCCAUUUGGUGUGUCGCUCUUAAUUGCUGGCUGGGAUGAAGAUCGCCCAUACCUCUUCCAGUCUGAUCCUUCGGGUGCAUACUUCGCAUGGAAAGCAACAGCAAUAGGAAAGAACUACGUGAAUGGAAAAACUUUCCUCGAAAAAAGAUACAAUGAGGAUCUGGAACUGGAAGAUGCAAUUCAAGCUAUUUUAACCCUCAAGGAAAGCUUUGAAGGCCAGAUGACUGAGGACAACAUCGAGGUGGGAAUCUGCAACGAGAGCGGCUUCAGGCGACUGACUCCUGCUGAAGUCAAAGAUUAUUUAGCUGCUAUUGCGUAAAUUCAACCAGAUUUGUUUGCUGUUUAUUUCUUCUGAAAAGGAUGUUUGAGAAUCCCAUUGAAAAUACAUGGUAGUUUUAUGGUCUGUAUUGUUAUUUUUUUUUUUACUUAAUGGAAAAAUAAACUACCACAAUACACCUAA